AUGGCUCCGGUGUCUGCCGCGGGUGCUGGGUCAGCGCAGGGGCGGAAGCCGUCGCUGCCCACAAAGGAGCAGUCGCUGUUCAAACAAAUGUUUCGACUUUAUGAAAUCAAGCAGUACAAAAAGGCAAACAAGAUCGCUGACCAGAUCUUGCGUGCAGUGCCCGACCACGGAGAGACACUCGCGAUGAAAGGUCUCAUCUUGCGAGCGUUGGAUCAACGCGACGAGGCCUACGAGCUCGCCAGGCGCGGCCUCCGGCAAGAUAUUCGGUCCCAAGUUGCGUGGCAUAUUUUAGGACUUCUUCACAGACACGACCGAGAGUACAAGGAGGCAGCCAAGGCGUACCAGCAGGCGCUCCGGUUGGACCCUAAUAAUGCGCAACUGCUGCGCGAACUAUCUCCGCUUCAGGCGCACAUUCGGGACUUUGAGGGGCUCCUCCGAACUCGCGAGCAAAUGCUUCAGCAGCGGCCGACGCUGCGUCUAAACUGGCUGGGACUUGCCGUUGCAAACCACCUGCUGGGCCGUCACGAGGAAGCGUUACGGGUUCUGGAUGCAUGGGAACGCAUCGCAGCCAAAUACCAGCUCGGCACAGAGGGAUCAAACAUCUCCGAAGCCUCGCUUGCGUACGAGUACCGCCUGAGAUUGCUGGAAGAGGCGGAUAUGCGUGAGGAAGCCCUCAAGUACGCCGAGACUUGCAUUCAGGAGGGAAAAAUCCUCGAUCGUACGUUCGCGCUCCACACCGCUGCGCGUAUAGCGGAGCGGAUCGGGGAUCAUGAGCGAGCCCACAGGUGUUACUGGCAACUCUUGCGCCGAAAUCCGAGUAAUGCGGAGUACCUCGAGGGUAUUGUGCGAAACGAUACGACGGGCCGGGAUGUUGUGGCUCUGUAUGAUGCAGUCCCGAGGGAACUUUGCGACAGCGCCGGCGAAGAGUGCUUCACCCCUGACGAGGCGCCUGUGCUAGGUUGCGCGCUAGGAGCGCUUCGCCACCUGGAGGGAUCCUGCGAUGAAUUCCGAAAAAGAGUCAAAGAGCUCAUGCAUCAUUUUCUGGAAAUCGCCCAGGUUCCUAGUUUCGCUCGCAUCCUAGAAAAUUUUUACAAGGAUGAUGCGAAGAAGCGCGUCAUCGACGAGGUAUUUCUCGAACUGAUCGGUAACGUCCCAGCUGCGGUUCAUAAUGAGGCGACCGCGAUUUUCGCCGCAGAACACUGUAUGCGGGUAUCGCGCGACCCUGAACGCGCUAUCGCCUUUCUAGAACAGUUCACCGACUCGCCUGAAUGCAGAGCCGCGAUAGCGCGGAUCUGGCGGUCUGUUGGAGCAUAUCGCCGCGCUUACGAGGCAGCAGAGCGAGCACGAUCCCUGGACGUGCGUGAUCGCGCACUGAACUCACUCGCAGCUGAGUACGCAUUGCUAGCCGGCAUACCUGAUCGUGCCAUGGAGCUGAUUUUGAUGUUCACACAUGAUGGAGAGGCACCUCCUGUUCAAGCGCUGUACAAUUUGCAGGUCAUGUGGUUCGAACUAGCUUACGCGGAUGCAGCGCUUGCACAAGGCCGCAUCGAUCGUGCGCUGAAAUACUACACGGCAGUUCUGCGGCAUUUCACAGACUUUCGCGAAGAUGAGUACGACUUUCAUGCGUACUGUCUACGGAAAUCCACGAUCGCAGCCUAUGUGGAUCUCAUUCGCUGGGAAGAUCGUCUUCAUCAGCAUGAGUACUACCAACGCGCAGUGCGCGGCGCUGCACGUUGCUACCUUGCGUUGCAUCGCAAUCGCGCGGACAUUACAGCACGUCUGGAACGGCUCCGCGUUCAUGCGGGUGCCAUUACCACAAGCGCGUCCACCAAUGAGACCUCCACAGCGAAACGAGCAUCUCGCCGUCCGCGCACUCCCGGUUGGAUGGAGACCGACCCCGACGGAACAAUGCUCAUCAGCCGCGCGGCACCUCUGGAGGAGGCGGAAAAGCUGACGCUUCCGUUAAUACUCAAGGCCACGCAGCCUUCCGAGCUAUCAGAAGAGCUCUUGGAUAUCAUUUUCCAAGUCGCUGUGGAGAGUGCUCGUUAUGCGCUCGCUGCCCGAGCGGUCGUUGCGGCUUUGCGGGGCAGCACUACGGUCGAGACGCUGUCGCCGAUGGCGAUUCGUCUGCUUGUACGUCUGUCACGUUCCAUCAGGGGGUCGUCGUCUGCAGCGAAGCUUGCGCAAGCAGAACUUGAUGCGGUCGUGAAAACUUUGCACGGAAACAAUGUUGAGAAAGUUUGCCACGAGUUCUUUGAACGACGCGGGGCUACUGACUUGGCCAGCGUCACCGCGCUCGCCACCGCAACGGGCGAUAAGGCAUAUUUAGAGCGCGGGGUGUUGCGACUCUGCGAAGCAGGCGUCCAUCCUUUUCUGUCCGACUUUGAAGAGGCCUGGGCGGUGGCGGUAACCGAGAACGUCUCUGAGGAAACCAGAGCGGCCAUGCGCAACUGGUAUCCGUUCGCGGACGCGCUUUCCAGUAACCCGCCAGUUGAUCCGUGCCUGUUUGCUUCGCGGAGCGAAGACAUAUCGCGACCAUAG